AUGGGGAAGGACAAGGUGCACAUGAACCUCGUGGUGGUCGGCCACGUCGAUGCCGGCAAGUCCACAGCCACUGGCCACCUCAUCUACAAGUGCGGAGGCAUUGACAAGCGGACGAUUGAGAAGUUCGAGAAGGAGGCGGCUGAAAUCGGCAAGUCUUCGUUCAAGUACGCGUGGGUCUUGGACAAGCUGAAGGCUGAGCGCGAGCGCGGCAUCACGAUCGACAUCGCGCUCUGGAAGUUCGAGUCGCCCAAGUCUGUGUUCACGAUCAUCGACGCCCCCGGCCACCGCGACUUCAUCAAGAACAUGAUCACGGGCACGUCUCAGGCGGACGCCGCCGUCCUUGUCAUUGCGUCAUCGCAGGGUGAGUUUGAGGCGGGCAUCUCGAAGGACGGCCAGACACGCGAGCACGCGCUGCUCGCCUUCACGCUCGGCGUGAAGCAGAUGGUUGUGUGCUGCAACAAGAUGGACGACAAGUCGGUGAACUUCGCCCAGGAGCGCUACGAUGAGAUUGUGAAGGAGGUGUCGGCGUACCUGAAGAAGGUUGGGUACAACGUGGAGAAGGUGCGCUUCAUCCCCAUCUCCGGCUGGCAGGGCGACAACAUGAUUGACAAGUCGGAAAAUAUGCCGUGGUACAAGGGCCCCACGCUGCUGGAGGCACUCGACAUGCUGGAGCCCCCGGUGCGCCCCAGCGACAAGCCGCUGCGCCUGCCGCUGCAGGAUGUGUACAAGAUCGGCGGCAUCGGCACCGUGCCGGUCGGUCGCGUGGAGACGGGCACGAUGAAGCCCGGCGACGUGGUGACGUUUGCGCCCGCCAACGUGACGACGGAGGUGAAGUCGAUUGAGAUGCACCACGAGCAGCUGGCCGAGGCCACGCCCGGCGACAACGUCGGCUUCAACGUGAAGAACGUGUCCGUGAAGGACAUCCGCCGUGGCAACGUGUGCGGCAACUCGAAGAACGACCCCCCAAAGGAGGCGGCCGACUUCACGGCGCAGGUGAUCAUCCUGAACCACCCCGGCCAGAUCGGCAACGGCUAUGCGCCGGUGCUUGACUGCCACACCUGCCACAUCGCGUGCAAGUUCGCCGAGAUCGAGUCCAAGAUCGACCGCCGCUCCGGCAAGGAGCUUGAGAAGAACCCCAAGUCGAUCAAGUCCGGUGACGCCGCCAUGGUGCGCAUGGUGCCGCAGAAGCCCAUGUGCGUGGAGGUGUUCAACGACUACGCUCCUCUUGGCCGCUUUGCCGUGCGUGACAUGCGCCAGACGGUCGCCGUCGGCAUCAUCAAGGCGGUGACGAAGAAGGAGGGCGGUGCCGGCAAGGUCACCAAGGCCGCCGCAAAGGCCUCUAAGAAGUGA